CGAAAAAUCAUACAUGGCUAGGGCACGCCGCUGCGAUUUGGAGGAGGAGAUCCCGCCGACUGUAACAGCAAGCUCGGCAUCUCCUCAUUGUCGCCAGCCAACGCAAUCGGUGUGGCGCUUCUUCCACUUCGCCAUCAACUCGGAGUCAUCUGACUCUUCUACUUCCUUCAUUUCUCUCUCACUCUCACUGCUUCACUAAUUCUACUCACUCUGGCUAUACUGUCCUUUUAGCUCGACUGGAUUGAGCGUGCCAGACUUGCCAUUUCAACGCUGAAACUAAUUUCCAGCUCGCUUCUUUGUGCUAACUAAUGUUGAUCUCGCCUUUUCUUCUGCUGUUCAUUCCCAGUAUCUCAGCUUCAUUGCUGCAUUCAACUUAUGUUCAGCUCUGAAUGCUUCCAUCUAAUCUCUCGAUGGCUUUCCUCUUUCAGAAAUUUCAAGAGGCGGUAAAAGUUCUGGCAAAAAGUCCUACUUUUGCUAAGGAUCCUAGACAUUUACAAUUUGAAGCUGACAUCAAUCGCUUGUUCCUUUAUACAAGACUUGAAUAUCCAGCUACAAUCGGUUGGGGAAGAAUGUUGUUGAGGCUGAUGCAGAAGAAAUUAUUGAAAUGGCGAGCAAAGCUUCUAUUGCUGAUCAACAAGUGCAAGUGCAAGAAAAUGUUCAUUCUCAAAUUAAAGAUUUUUGCAAGUUCAUGGAUGAAAUUCUCCUUCCUAAUGAUAAGAUGACGAGUGACAGCCUCGAGCCAUCUCAACAAAUAAGCGACUUACCCCGCCAAAGUGGGCUUAGUUUGGCUGUGGGUAGUAGUGCCUCGCCUCCCAAUCAUCCUCCUAUCCCUCAGACUAGACCAUUAAGCCAAGCUGAAGUUUCUCGGAAGUUAAAGGAUCAACUUGGCUACACCCUUAAUGUUAAACGUUCAAACAUAUCCCACAAAGAUGCUGGCCAAGGUCUAUUUUUAGACGGGGAAGCUGAUGUCGGUGCAGUCAUAGCCUUUUAUCCUGGUGUAGUUUACUAUCCAGCUUAUUACCGGUAUAUUCCCGGAUAUCCAAGGGUUGAUGCAGAGAACUCAUAUCUAAUUUCAAGAUAUGAUGGGGCUGUCAUCAAUGCCCAACCUUGGGGUUCUGGGGGUGGCAAGAGAGAAGUAUGGAAUGGCCUAAAAAUAGCAGAAAUCAACCCCGACAAGAAAGGAGUUGAGAAAGGUUCAGACCGGUUAUGGAAACUACUGAGUAAGCCUUUGGAAGGCACCGUUGGAGGCAAUACUGGUGAUGUGCUAGAGCGUAGAAAUCCAUUAGCUUUUGCCCACUUCGCAAACCACCCAGCUAAAGGGAUGCUACCAAAUGUGAUGAUCUGCCCUUAUGACUUCCCAUUGACUGAAAAUAACGUGAGAGCAUAUAUUCCAAAUAUAUUAUUUGGGAAUGCAGAAGUAAAUAUGAGGAGGUUUGGCAGUUUUUGGUUUAAAUCUGGAAUGUCAAGAAAUAGUGAUUCAAGUGUUCCUACUCUCAAAACCCUGGUUUUGGUAGCUACCAGGGCUCUUCAAGAUGAAGAACUGCUCUUGAACUACCGACUGAGUAAUUCUAAGCAAAGGCCAGAAUGGUAUGCUCCAGUGGAUGAAGAAGAGGACAAGAGAAGAUGGAGUUAAAAAUGCCUCUUCUAUUCCCCGGCCAGCUUUAUGAAGACACUAUUUAAACGGUUGUCUCAAAACUGAGUUUUGUCUUUGCAUAUUAUUCUCUUGUGAGAUAAUAAAGUGAGGUUUUCCUUCA